AUGGCGUUUAUCAAACGGCUCUCAGACAGUCUGUGGGACUAUGUCUCCCCUCGGAAGGCCGCCAAAGCACCUCUGCCCACACCACAGUCGGACGGUGUUGUUUACAAGAAGCCUGCGUACCCAGCAAGUGCCCGAAAAGCGUCGCUGGAUCAGAUUGGGCAGUCCACGAGGUCUAUGAGCCCAUCUGAGCGAGUCAGGGACUGGAGGCUGCGUCCGACAUCGAGUCCUGCCAGCGCGCCCGCCACCGGGCAGAAGAGGAAGCGGCUACACACGCCAAGCAGUUCGCAACGAAGCAGCCGCGUCAAGCAACCAAAGAUCGAGGUCGAAGACAUGGACUUCGAGCCGCACACACCCGUUAUGGCCGAGUAUGAGGAGGAUUCAGUGAUGGAGGACUACACCGAGCAGAGUCCCUACCUUCGCACGCCGUCGCAACGCUAUUCGAGGACGAAGUCUCCCACGCUGGACGAGAUGGCUGAUGAGUUGGACGACAUGUCGCUGGUGGUUGACGACGAGGCAUACUACAAUUCGCCACAGCGGCGCAAGCUGGUCAUGCUGCCACCACAGUUCGACAAAAGCGAGUUUCAAGAGGGGGAGUUGCGCAAGCAGGGAUGGGAUGACGACUAUAUCACCUUGCUCCAUCGCAUCUUGAAGAGGGGCUACGAGCCAUUGUUGCCAGCUUACAUGAAGUUCGAGUACAACUUUCUGCCAGACGGCUUCUUCGAGAAGACCGACGAUGCUAUCAUUGGCAGCGUCAGUGGCAAGCACUUCCAUGCAAGCAAGGCACUCCAACACCUCCUGGAUCUCGGAGGCCGAGUUCGUGAUCGCAAGUAUUUGGAAGGCCCAGUCGAACCAGAGGAGGAGAUCAGACGUGCCGUGCGCCAUUACAAUAAGUGGGCACAGAACGAUGCCGGGCUGGACAAGAAGACCGCGAUACCAGUCUUGGUGCAGGAAUAUCAACCAGCGGAGACUCACGCCGACCUCAUCAAAGAGAACGCAGAAGCCAAGUGCCGCGAGUUGGCGAAGAGAUGGAAGAAUGCAUUCAGAGUCGCCAGAUCGGUUGAGUUCUCGCCAGGUUCCCGAUCCUCAAACCACACGCUGCUCUCGUACGAGCUUCCGACAUUCUACGUAAUCGCAGCCUCGUAUACUUUAGCCUGCGUCAUGGCCUAUCGCGUCGACACAGACGAGUGCAGCUCAAUGGCGUUCCUCGACUUCCAAGAUCCAGAUUACGACGUGUGGAAUUCUCUGGCUCUGGCGCUCGUCAUCUGCCACGCGCGUGAUGUGCAGGUGAGAAUCGCCGACGAAACCAUGAUUGGUCAGAAGCGUCCUGGAUCUGGAGCUACAUCGAUGGUGGAUGACGAUCCCGAUGCAUGA